AUGUGGCCAGGUACAGUCCUAGAGAAAACUAGCGAUAAUCCGGAAACUUUAUUUCAACUUCUUCGAAAACUAAAAAUGAUCAAUAGUGAGUUAAUAGCUAAAUUAGAUGCACUAGGAAAUCAAAUGGAUGGUUUUCGUCGUUCAUUUGAAUAUGUACAAGAUUAUGUUGGAAUGUAUGGAUUAAAAAUUUGGCAAGAAGAAGUAUCAAGAAUAAUAAAUUAUAAUGUUGAACAAGAAUCAAAUAGUUUUCUUAAACAAAAAAUUUAUGAUUUUCAAUCUACAUUUCAAUCUCGUCAUAUUCCAAUUCCACAUAUUCCACCAUUAGGUGAUGGUUCAAUUAAUUUUAUGGGUCGUCUUGUACGAGAAAUUCUUCGUGUUACUGAUUCACGUUUUACAUUUUAUGCUGAACAACGUAAUACAUGGUAUGAUGUACGAACAAAACAGACAAUUGUUGAUAUAUUACUUUUUCGAAAAUUACAUCGUGCUGUUGGAUCAUUUGGAUUAAGUGGACUUGAUCGUUUAUUAUCAUUUAUGAUUGUUAAAGAACUUCAAUUACUUACAGGAACAAUACAAACUGUUUUUCAACAUAAAGAAUCAAGUGAUAUGCUUGAUUCAUUUAUGAGACAAUUAACACCCAUUGAUAGUAUAAUUGCUCAACCAAGUCGAGUUUAUACAAAUACAGUAGCCAAAGGAGCUAGUGCUUGGUCAACAUUAAGUAAUUAUCUUAUGAAAGUUGGACAAAUGCAAUUAUUACGUCAACAAAUAGCUCAUGAAUUAACUGCAUCAGCAAAAUAUGAUUCAAAAUAUCUUUUUUAUGCUCUUAAAACUUUUAAUGAUACACUUUUACAAGAUAUUCAACAAGUUUAUACAAAUAGUAGUAAUCAACAAAAUGAAUAUCCCGAGGCAAUGAAUGAAUUAUUAUAUGAAUUAGGUCCUUUAUUAGAAUCAGUUGGAAUGAAUGAUGUUCUUCAACGUGUUUAUAUCUCAGCACAAAAUCAUUUCUUACUUAUUCCAUUACUUGUUUUAUAUACAAUUAGUCAAGUUCCACGUAUGGUAACACUUAAAUAUCUUAAAAAUCAAAUGCAAACAGCAAGUAAUAGUUCAUCAAGUAGUGGCAAACGUGAUAUGGAUUGUUCAGCAUUUGUUAUUGGACUUUAUACAUUAACGAAACAAUAUCAUUCUGAUUUAGUUGAUGAUUAUUUAACAUGUCUUUGUCAAUUUAUCAAAUCACAUAUUGAGCAAGCGGGAACUCAAAAAUUAAUUGAUUUUCCAAUUGAAGCAAUUAAUAUGCUUGAUUUUUUAACAAUGUUUAUUCAUUAUGGUGAUUUACCUAUUAAAGUUCUCGAACAACGUUUACCAGCUUAUAUAUGUGAUGAAUUUCGUACGAUUUAA